GUGUGAACACGAAUGGUGGUGGGUGUGGUGUCGCUCCCACAGUGUGUAUGACUGCGACACACAAACGAACACACACACACACACACACGUAUAUACUGGUGAGGCAGCUUUGGGUUUACACUAAACAGCGGAGCGUCAGCAGCAGCGGAACAGCAGCUCCAGUCUGCGGCUCGUCCUGCACUAACACAGAGCUUCAUCAUCAUCAUCAUCAUCAUCAUCAUCACCAUCAUCAGUGACCAGAAGAAGAGCGGAGGAUCAGCACAGCUCCAUCUCUGCUGCUCACCAUGAGCUCAUUGCUGUUUUUUAAGGUCAUUCUCCUCCAGUGUGCCGUCUUUUUUUCUUUCUUUUUUUUUGAUUGUGUCAUGCACAAAAGCCCACGUCCUCACUGGAAUCUUUUAUCCUCCGUUCAGCCUGCAGGAUGAACUUCAAAAACUUGCGGGAGUACCUGGCCUGGCUCUACUUCCAGUACUUGCUCAUCACGGGCAUCUAUGUCCUGGAGCCCUGGGAAAAAUCCAUUUUCAACUCCAUCCUCUUCACCGCCAUCGCCAUGGUGAUCUACACCUCGUAUGUCUUUGUGCCCAUCCACGUGCGCCUGGCGCUGGAAUUUUUUUCUGGGAUCUGUGGCGGUCAGCCUGAGAGCACCGUGGCACUCAUGAACUAGUGGAGGCAGCAGCAACCGGGUGGAUUAGCAUGAGAUUAUUUUCAUCCAAGACAGCAGCGGUGGAUCACCUGAGCUUUAUCAAGACUGAAAACAUGAAGAUCUUAAAGCAAAGCCUUACUAUCUUCUUUACAUCCCUCUCCCCCUGGCCUUACCCCAUGGUAUUAGACACGUGACAGUCCAUCACUUUCACAUCCUCGCUGUGAAAUGUCUUGUGAAAUGUUGUUUGUCCUAUUUUUUUUUCUUUCUUUUUUCUUAUACAUGUCUUGUGUGAGUAUGCGCCACGUUUCGGGUUUGCAUGAAAGGGUCUUACAUGAAGUAAUAGAUUUGCAUGCUCGUCUCACUACAGAACACGACAAGGCUCUGGUCUUUCCAUCAUGAGCUACAGAGUCUUUAAAGUUCUAUGCUGAUUUACUCACUUGCUAGGGACAGAUUUUUAGUCAUCAUCAAAGUUGUGGAGGCUGAGAUUUAUUUAUUUUAGUUGCAAGUAAUAAGGAAUUGGAUUCUCAAUUUCCCAAAUAAUUAGAGCUAUAUCCAAUCCAAUCCAAAUUUAUAAAAUAAAUACAUAAAACAGACAGGAUCCAGAGCCAUGGGGACAUUGGAGGACACCACUAAAGCUAAAAAAGUCCCAGGCCAUCCAGGCUUUAAUGUCUUAAUUAGAGCUGUAUGAAUGACAUAAUCUGGAUUAUUCCACAACGUUGGCUGUGUCCAAAAUCACUCUGUCUGCCACGUCGUCUCCAUUUGCCAUAACAGGCCGUGAACCCAUAAUGUGAAAUGUGAAUUAUACGCAGUAGCACUGCAGUCGUCUCCUCCCAAAGAGCACUGUGUCCAUGUAUUUUAACUUUCUGUCACGAAAAGCCCCAUGAUGCAAAGUGCCCAAACCUCUCAGCGGCUAUUCAGCAUUCAAGUUAUUUAUCGCAACAAGGUUUAAACGAAUACAGUACAAGCAAGUAAAACCGUGUAUCAGGAAGUACUGAAAGACAGGCAACAAUAAUAUGGAACAUUAUUCAAUUCAAUUUUAUUUGUAUAACACCAAAUCACAACAUACAUCAUCUCAAGUCAGUGUACAUAGUCAGCAUUAUUAUUAGCAGAGAAAUCCAACAAUGCACACAAACAGUGGAAGAAAUCUCUGACAGAACCAGACUCAAAGAUG